AUAACUACAUGUCCACAAAGCGAGAGAAGAGCAAUGAGCUUUUAAUGAACUGACACCAAAUUGCACAACAAAACAUUCAAGGGAUGACUGGCACGUUGGCAACGAUCUGCAGAGCAAGACUCCUGUCUUCUUUCAUCCUCAUCUCAUACAUGGCAAUGGCUUCUUCAAUGACUCUUGAUUUAACUGAACUGAGAAAUAAAGUGUCAAAGAUCAAAGUGAAUCCAAGAGGGAAUCUGUGGGCAACAGGACAUUUCAUGGGAAAGAAAAGUGUUGUGGAUAGCUCCUUGAUGGAGUCUUCCUUUGAAGAUGUAAAGGUUCCCACUGAAGAUGAAAGCCCUCUGUAUGGAGCAGAGGACCAACAGGCGUUGCUGAUCCAGAUGUUAAAAACUGCCCAAGUUCCUCAACAAAAACAAGCACUGGACAUAAAUGGAAGAGAUGCUGCCUGAGUUUUCCUAUCACUGGCACAAAGGAAAACCCUUCUGAUGAAGAGAAGAUAUUAUUUUCCUCUGGGAAAAUGAAAAAUAAUAUCAAAAUGUCUGCGUUUUAAUGUGAUCAAUUUCGGGGUCCAGUUAUUCAAACUAUAUUUAU